AUGCCGUCCGAGUCGAGGGUUCACAAUCCCUUCUUACACCCAUUUCUGUUCGUCUUCCAAUUGAUGCAAUGGAUCACCGAUAAGAUCCUGUCGCCUGAUCCGCCAAACCCGAGCACACGACUUGGUAGGCCUAAGAUUGCUGUCAUUGGUGCUGGUAUCACAGGUGUAACGUCAGCUGCUCACUGUAUCGGACACGGUUUCGACGUUGUCAUAUUCGAAGCUGGGGACGAGAAAUCUAUAGGAGGAAUUUGGAGUAAAGUCAACAACACCUCAGGUCUCCAAAUCCACUCGCUCAUGUACCGAUUUCAUCCUUCUGUCAAGUGGGAACAAGGAUAUCCCAAUAGGCAGCAGAUCGUCAGUCAGGUCAAGCAGCUAUGGGAAAGAUAUGGACUCGAUACAAGAACUAGGUUCAGCAAGAAGAUUGACAAGGUCUAUCAAGAUGAGCAUGGCCGCUGGAUUUUGAAUGAUCCCUCAAACGGUCGCUUCGAAGGUCUCAUUGCCGCGGUAGGCACUUGUGGUGACCCCAAAAUUCCUCAUAUGAGUGGUAUGAAUAAGUAUAAGGGCGAAGUGUAUCAUUCAAGUCAAUUGACUGGCAAGGAUGCCAAGGACAAGACAAUGCUCAUCAUUGGCGGCGGCGCAUCUGCUGUUGAAGCUCUCGAGUUCGCUGCUGAGGAAGGUUGCAAGAAGACCUAUGUCCUCUCCCGGUCUGAUAAAUGGAUCAUUCCACGCAACGCCUUCAUUGAUGUUUUGCUCUCCUUCAACAUCUUAGGACAAGAGACCAUAUUCUCCUGGAUCCCCGAGACUCUUCUCCGCAAGUUCUUCUAUCGCGAUCUGCAGGACAUUGCGCCAAAGGACAAGGGCAUCUUCGUGGAGACGCCAAUGGUCAACUCGGAUGUUAUGGACAAGCUUCGCGGAGGAGAUGCAGAAUGGAUUCGAUGCGACAUCGAGGACUUCACCGAGAAGGGAAUUGUGGUCAGUAAGCGCGACAGGGGCGUACCACCCGGCGGCCCGGGACGUAACACGGUCAUCAACGGCGACAUGAUCGUCAUGGCGACCGGCUAUAAGCGGCCGAGCCUCGAGUUUCUGCCCGACGACUGCUUCAACGAGCCCUACGGCCCGCCCAACUGGUACUUGCAGACAUUCCCCCCGGCACACCCCUCCAUCUCGGCCAUCAAUUGCACCUACGUCAACGCCAUCGGGACCGUCGGCAACUGGCACAUCGGCAUCUACACCCGCAUCCUCCUCAUGUUCCUCGUUGACCCCCUCACCCGGCCACGUACCUUCUGGAUGGAGCGCUGGAUCGACAUGACCAAGAUCCUAAAGAUGGCGGCGCCCACCGGCGCGUUUGACUUCUUUACCUACCUGGAAUUGCUCUGGUGGUUCGCUUUCUGCGUCAUCAUCAACCCGUUCCGUUGGAAGUGGGCUUUCUUUGUCUUUUUCGGUGUCGGAAUUGCUCUACCGAAGAAAAUUAUCCAGUCAGAGGGACCGAUCAGGAAUGGGAUUGGCUUGCGUCACGAGGAGGGACGGGACGUCGGGCGGAGCUUGUGA